AUGGCUGUCACUGUAACUGAUAUUUGUAAAAUUGUUGGCGCUGUCGUCUUGCCGCCUCUCGGUGUAUUCUUGGAAAGAGGCUGCGGUAUUGACCUCUUGAUCAAUAUUGGUUUAACUAUCCUUGGUUACAUUCCAGGCAUCAGUAAGUGA